GAAAUGGCAAACAAACCGCCAAAUCAACCAAACUUCAUUGCUACCUGUCGCGACGGUCUAUUCUGUCAAAGGUGUAUUUGUUUACACACAAGCCAGUGGCGGAAUCUUCUCCUUCCUUAACGCAUUUUUGUUACAAUCGAGUAAAAAGUUUCACAUAUUUUAAAGCGUAUAUGGCCUCAAUUGCCUAAGCUAUAGAGAUUUGAUUCGCUGUAUCGAUGGCACAGUCAUCUUCCGGCCCGACGAAAACGAUGCUAGUAUGGCUCGACUACAGCCGGCACAUGCUGAGCACGCUGCAGGACAUUUACGCCGACCAGCAGUACACGGACUGCCGGCUGGUGGUGCCCGACGGUGAGCUGUACGCGAACCGUCCGAUACUGAGCAUGGCGUCCGGGCUGUUCGAGGCAAUCUUCACCAGCAUGGUCACGCUCACGAUGGACCCGUCCACGGUGCUCAUACCGGACAUGACGUUCGCCAACCUGCAGCGCGUCGUGCAGUUCAUCUACACCGGCCGGGUGACGCUGCAGCCGGACGAGGUCGUUCCGUUUAUGGAGGCGUGCGGGCUGCUGCAGCUCCGGGGCGUCGAAUGUUGCGGCAACCGCACGAUGGGCAUUUACAUUGACGAAUCGGGCCCGGAAGCUACGGCGGAGGACGGUGAUCCGUUCGCAACGGCCCCAGAAACGGAUCCGCUGCACAUCGACCACACCCGGUACCCCGGGGCGGUGGAAAAGGCUGAGCCGCCACCAUUAAAACUUAUUGAGCCGAAUCUCGAAUCUACGAGUGAGCUAUUUCCGGGCAAUAUCUGCAAAGAAGAGUUGAUGGUAUCGGACGAGGACAGUGCGGAGGAGGAGGAGGAGGAGGAGGGUGAUAAAAGUGACGCGGGCGAGGACAGCUCGAUGGACGACAGCACGGACAGCGAGCAGGAUGUGGAGCGGUGGAUGGCGCUGGUGAAGGAGGUUGGAGUGGUCGACACGAGCCACCCGGGAGCGCCGAACUUCACGCCCUACCAGAACUGUCUGAAGCAGGCCAUCGUAGCGGUCAUUAGCGGGAAUGUUUCGCCCAGAAGAGCGGCCGCCCGGUACAACGUACCCGCGAGCAGGCUGGUGCGCUGGACGCAGAAGGUAAAGCGAGCGAUGAAAAAGAAACCAGAGACGGUAACUGCCAAUGUGUCGCAGAUGGUUGCCGCAUACAUUGACCGGAGCAUACAGGAGUUCAAACAGCUGCUGGAAACGAGCGAUGCGGACGAACGUGUCAGCUUGCUGAGCGACCCAUCAAAUGUGCUGAUGUACGACGUGCGGAUUAUGCUCGCGAUCCACGACAUCAUGUACACCGGGAUAAGCCUGCGCGAGGCGGUAACGCGGUACAAAAACAGUCUCGGUUUGCUGAGAAACCGGCUGUACAAUCUAAAGAGUCAGCGAAUAACGAACCAUUUUAAGUCGUUCGGCAUCAGAUUGAAAAGUGCGGACAAACAGACAAACGAGCGACAGGCGGCAGGGAAGAAGCGUCGAAGGUUUGAGACGGAGUCGGGGAAGAUUUUGAAAACAGCCGAUCCCUCCCGGUACGAGGAGAGUGUGGCCAAAGCGCUGGAGGCGAUUGGUUACGGUCUAUCUAUCCAGCAAGCCGCAAACCACUUUCGCAUACACAAAAGUGCUCUAUGGCGGCACGCAAAGGCCAAGAACAUAACCUUUCCGCAGGAAAGGACAGUUCUAAGGAAGAAAGCAGCGACAAAAAAAGUUAAACCGAGCGGUGGUGGUUCAAGCGCUGCCUCCUCCUCCGCUACGAACAGUUGCCCCGUAGUGCCGAAGCUGGUACCGUUUGGAAGCACUGGAGCCGUCACCACCGCCGAGCGCGUUAGGGAUCGUGCAGGAGGUGGUGAGAUCGCUCUAGCACCGGCCAGUACGGCGGCUCCUCCGAUUGCUGCGCCGAGUUUGCUUCCCCUGCCCAAGUUGGUUCCGAUUUCGAGCAGCUCGCUGCCGGAGUACGAGGAGCGGAUGGAGGCAGCAAUAGCUAUGAUAUCGAAUCAGAAAAUGAGCUACCGGGAAGCGUCGGUAAAGUACAACAUUCCCAAGGCAACACUGUGGAAGAAGAUAAGUAAGAUGGAGCCGAAGAAAAGCACCGCAAACUGUGCCCGCCUGUGGUUUCUGAGUAAAAAGCGAAUAAUGUCCUGCACCUUUUCACAGCAAAUGGCGAACAGCUCCUGCUUGACGUGGCUCAACUUUCGCGAGCACAUGCUAAACACCUUCUGCGGAAUCUACCGCACGCAGCAGCACACCGAUUGCCGCUUGAUCGUACCCGACGGUGAGCUGUACGCGAACCGUCCGAUCCUGUGCAUGGCAUCCAGCUUCCUGGAGACGAUUCUGGACGGUCUGCCUACCAUCGGUGCGGAUAUGGUAACGAUUGUAAUACCGGACUUGACGCUAGCGACGUUACGCGCCGUCCUGCAGUUCAUUUACACCGGGGAGGCAAGCGUACGGUCGGACGAAAUGGCAUCGUUUGUGGAGGCCUGCAGCUUUCUGCAGCUACGCGGAGUGCGUUUUAUCGCGAAUCAGAUUGUGGGCAUACGAUUCGGCAAGACUGUUGGUAUGGUGUCGGAGGAGCUUAUUCCUGCCAGCGAAGGUUUGGAAGCGACGGCAUGCCCAAGGCAAGAACUGUUCGUUGCGCAAGUGGAGGAACAGGCAGAAGAGGAUGAGGAAGAGGAGGAACAAACAGAAAUGCCCAUAACACAAUCACAGGUCCAACCUGUUGAAUGCUUCAUUCCAGAAUCGAGCGAAUCCGUCCAAGAACACGUUGAAGGUAAUGAAAUUGUUCAAGUCGUGUUGAAUAUCCCAUCAGAUGCGACUCCUGCCUGCGAACGGGAAACCUCUCAAUGUGUAGAAAUUCCACAGGAACGGUUAACGCAAGCAAUUGAAGCAAUUAUAAAGGACCACGAAAGCUAUGAAAUCACAUCCGUUCCGUGUGCAAUCGACACCACCGUCCCAACCUCGUCGGAAACACAUACAACGAACCUUCCGCCGUUCGAAGAUGAGCUGGAACAAGCAAACCCCGAACCAACACUAUCCGACCCUGCCAGUUACGAUGCACGUCUUGCGUUAGCGAUGGAUGCAAUCCUUCACCACGGCAUUAGCUACCGGAUUGCCGCCAGGCAGUAUAGCAUCGCUAAAACGGUACUGUGGCGCAAGGCGAUGAAAAUGCCGCGACCGGUUCGGGUCGGCUCCCCGAAGCUGAGCGCUCAACGGCGGGAAGCGAUCGAUGCACUGAAAACGGGCGAGAAGCUCGCACACGUGAGCCGACGGUUCGAGAUUCCGCUGUCGACGCUGCACCGGGAAAAGCAACGGCUGUACAGCAAGGGCGCACUGCCGAGCAAUGUGUCGCUGAAGCUGCGCGGUAAGGAUGAGUCGGUGCGGAAGCGGUUGCAGGAAGCGGUUGGUGACUGUGUGGCGGGCAGGAUGUCACUGUCCGAGGCAGCCCGGACGUACGGCCUACCGAAGACGUCCAUCUGGCGCAGGGUACGAUCGCUACAGACCAGUGGCUGCAGUAGUAGCGGAAUGAAGGAGGAUAAUUCUGCAAGCGACGCAAUGGCAGAGCGACCGAAUCAAUCGGAAGAGGCUGAGGUGGAGGUGGAGGAGGAGGAGGAGGAGGAUGAUGAUGCUAAGCUAACGAUGGGGGGCAUCCUGUUAAGGGGGAGUGAUACGCUUCAGGUUGGGGCAGGAUAUAUGUCCGAUGAGAAUAUUUCGGCGAGCGAUUUAGCGCAAUUAAGGUAUCAGCUGACCUCGAACUAUGACGAUCACGUAUUGCAUGAUAGUUUAUAAUAAAAAGUAACGAAGAAACUAGUGAA